AUGCAGUUCUUCACCAGCCUCACUGCCCUCUUCCUCGCCACCAUGGCCUUCGGCGCUGUCAUCGACACCCGUACCGACAGCAGUGAUCUCAGCCUCGACAAGACAGUCGAGAGUGCUACCUGUAGCCCCAAAGGAGGUGACUGUGUCGAAGGCGCCCUCGCCUGCUGUGAAGGCUUGCAAUGCUUCAUCCCUCCCACGAGCGGCUGGGAGCCCAAGGAAGUUCCGACUGGACAGGGUGCUUGCAUCUAA